GUUGGCGUUUGCGGUAGGGGGAUUGUGGCUCCCUGAAGCCGGGGAUUUUCGUCCGCCGAGAUGGCUUCCAAAAGGAGAACUUUGAGCUUCAAUGAAAAGCACCAGCAAUUAGUAGAUAGAAACUACAACAAAAUGUUGCACAUCAAUGCUCUAAAAAGGAUAGAGACUCAAAUCAGGGACCAAAUUGUGCGGAAUCAAAAUGAUGAACGAGCUGAUCGCAAGAGAUUCCUCAGGUUAUUACAGGAUGAACAAUUUGAGUUGGAUACGGAAGAGGCCAUUCAAAAGGCAGAAGAAAACAGAAGAUUGAGGGAACUCCAGUUUGAACAAGAAGAAAAAUUGGCUGUGGAACUGGCAAAACUAAAACACGAAAGUCUGAAGGAUGAAAAGAUAAGGCAACAAGUAAAAGAAAACAGUAUUGAGAUCAGAGAAUUGGAGAAGAAAUUAAAAGCAGCUUACAUGAAUAAAGAAAGGGCAGCUCAGAUUGCUGAAAAGGAUGCUAUUAAAUAUGAACAAAUGAAACGUGAUGCUGAAAUAGUGAAAACCAUGAUGGAAGAACAGGAAAGAGUAAUAAAGGAAGAGAAUGCUGCGGAAGAGAGACGAAAUAAAGUAAAAGCACAGUACUUUAUUGACUUAGAGAAACAACUUGAAGAACAAGAGAGAAAAAAGCAGGAAGCUUAUGAGCAGUUGCUGAAAGAGAAACUCAUGAUUGAUGAAAUUGUUAGGAAAAUCUAUGAAGAAGAUCAAUUAGAAAGACAACAAAGGUUAGAAAAAAUGAAUGCAACUCGAAGGUAUAUAGAAGAGUUUCAGAAAGAGCAGGCUCUCUGGAGAGAAAAGAAACGUGAGGAAAUGGAAGAAGAAAACAGAAAAAUCAUAGAGUUUGCCAACUUGCAGCAACAAAGAGAAGAAGAUCGGAUGGCAAAAGUUCAAGAAAAUGAAGAAAAAAGGCUACAGCUUCAGAAUAUGCUGAUUCAGAAAUUGGGACAAAUGCUGCAGCAACGCGAAGAUUUGGAGCAAGUGCGACAAGAAUUAUACCAAGAAGAACAAGCUGAAAUACAAAAGAGAAAACUAAAUGAAGAAGCAGAAGAGAAGUUGAGAAAGCAAAAGGAGUUAAAGCAAAAUUUUACAGAACAAAUGGCUUUGAAGGAACUAGUACAACAGGCUGCAAAAGAGGAAGAGGAGGCCUUUAGAAAAGCUAUGUUAGCUAAACUUGCUGAGGAUGAUCGAAUAGAAUUAAUGAAUGCUCACAAACAAAGAAUGAAGCAACUAGAACACAGGAGGGCUGUGGAAAAACUUAUUGAAGAGCGUCGCAACCAGUUCCUUGCAGACAAACAACAGGAACUGGAAGAAUGGCAGUUGCAACAAAGUAGUCAAGGACGUAUUAACGCAAUUAUUGAAGAAGAAAGACUAAAACUUCUCCAAGAACAUGCUACAAAAUUACUAGGAUAUCUCCCUAAAGGAGUAUUCAAAACAGAGGAUGAUAUUGAUAUGCUUGGUGAAGAGUUUAGGAAAGCAUAUCAGAAAAGGAGUGAAAUCGUGAAGAAAAGUGAUACCAAGAUUUGGUAAAACCUGGAUUCUUUUGCAUGUUACCACUAGAUGUCAGUGUAAGUUUUGUUUUACAGUUCAGUGAUAGUAGGAAUCUUGUCUAUUUGAAUUUUCUAAAACAUCUCCAUUUCAUCAUUUGUAAGUGGUUCUCUUUAAGAAAACAUUUAUUUUCUGAUAAAAAUUAAAAUGAUUAAAUACUU